GAUCUGCUGCUACCCUGGAUGGAGUUUGGUAACACACAAUCUGGUGGAUCACUGAGAACCCCCAACGUGCCAUGGAGAAACAUCAGCAGAAAGACGUAAAAAAUCGCACCUUUAAACAGGACUCGAAAGCCGUCGAACAAAAACCGGACUCCAGCAAGCAAACACCACACCGAGUCAGCAACAAGGCAGUCAUAACUGGAGGUGCGGGGCAUUUUGGCUUUAGCCUCGGCCGUGCUCUUGCCAAAUCUGGAACCAAUGUCAUCCUGUAUGAUGUUAACCAACCUCUCUGGGAAAUCCCCAAAGGCGUCGUGCUUGUGCAGGCUGAUGUAAGAAACUAUGAUGACCUCUUUGCUGCCUGCGAAGGGGCGGAUUGCGUGUUCCACACAGCCUCGUAUGGAAUGACAGGGACAGAGCAAUUGCACAAGAAACAUAUUCGGGCUGUCAACGUUGGAGGAACUGGAGUAGUCCUUGAAGUCUGCAAGCGACGGAACAUCCCUCGGCUGAUCUACACGAGCAGCAUCAAUGUAGUAUUUGCAGGGCAAGCCAUUAUAGACGGCGAUGAGGCAAGCGUGCCAUAUUAUCCUUUGAACAAGCACGUCAACGAAUAUUCCAAAACCAAAUCGAUUGCGGAACAAAUGGUUCUAGCAGCUAAUGGAUCAUUCCUGGCAGGAGGUGGCAAGCUGUAUACAUGCGCACUUCGCGCGCCUGGCAUCUAUGGGCCAGAAGAGCAAAGACACAUGCCCCGCCUAGCCUCGAAGAUUGAGAGCGGGCAAUUUGCCUUCAAGCUCGGAAGCCCCGACGUCUUGAUGAACUGGGUUCACGUCGAGAACCUCGUGCAAGCGCAUAUCCUUGCUGCUGAGGCUCUUACUCCAGAGAAGAACUAUAUCGCUGGCGGCCAGGUGUAUUUCAUCCAUGAUGAUGAGAAAGUUAAGCUUUUAGAAUGGCUAACUCCACUGUUUGACGGAUUGGGUGUCCGUAAACCCUUGAUACGUGUUCCUAUUUGUCUAGUUCAUCUGUCAGCUGUCAUAAUGGAAAUUGUGCUCACCCUGUUAACGCCAAUAGUUGAACUUACACCUCCGAUCAACAUACAUGAGGUGCAUAACGUCGCUUACACGCACACCUUCAAAAUCGACAAAGCCCGCUUGCACCUGGGCUACGCCCCAAAGAAAUACACAUUCGCUGACUCCGUGGAGUACUACUUGAAAAACAGACACCGCCGCCAGAGUCAUUUCUGGCUGAAAUUCUUCCUCCUGAUGGUCUUCCUCAUCGGGGUGCUUGUUGUGUUUGUGAAAUUCCCAGAGGUUUUAAAAUUAAGUGUUAAAAUACUGAGUGAAUAA